GUUGUCACAUCAGGAGCUGCUGCACAGAUUCUGCUUAUCUGUCAUGACCGCGAAAAGUAAAGAGGCGACUUUUCAAUAGUGUCUCAUCAGGAGCCAUAACCGUUAAACACCUAGAUUUGUUUGUGCGUUUUUAAAUACUCCUUAAUUUAUUACCGCAAUGUCCGGUGCAAACUUCGCCUGCCUCCCCGCCGCGCUACUCCUCCUGCUCCUGUCCUGCUGCAGCCCUGCCCGGGGAUAUUUUGCGGAGGAGCGCUGGAGCCCCGAGUCUCCGCUUCUCGCUCCCCGGAUCCUCGUCGCCCUGAUCUGCAGAAACUCGGAGCACUCUUUGCCCUAUUUCCUAGGCAACAUUGAGCGCCUCAACUAUCCCAAGGACCGUAUGGCUCUGUGGGUAGCAACUGAUCACAACGAGGACAACACCACAGCCAUUUUGCGUAACUGGCUCGUCCAGGUGCAGAGCCUUUACCAUUAUGUGGAAUGGAGGCCAAAAGAGGAACCCAGACGUUACGCGGAUGAAGAUGGUCCGAAGCAGUGGACAGACCUCCGUUAUGAGCAUGUUAUGAAGCUUCGGCAAGUAGCACUGGAGGCAGCUCGUGAGAUGUGGGCGGAUUACUUUAUGUUGGCGGACUGUGAUAACCUCCUCACCAAUCCUGAUGUGCUCUGGAAGCUCAUGAAAGAGAAUAAGACCAUUAUCGCUCCCAUGCUUGAUUCCCGUGCAGCCUAUUCCAACUUCUGGUGUGGAAUGACCUCGCAGGGUUACUAUAAGCGCACCCCUGCCUACAUACCCAUAAGAAAGCAGGUGCGUAAGGGCUGUUUUGCCGUACCCAUGGUCCACUCCACCUUCCUGAUAGACCUCAGGAAAGAGGCAUCCAGGCAGCUGGCCUUUCACCCGCCACACCCAGACUACAGCUGGGCUUUUGAUGAUAUCAUUGUGUUUGCCUUCUCUGCUCGGAUGGCAGAUGUGCAAAUGUUUGUAUGUAACAAAGAGACCUACGGUAACUUCCCUGUGCCCCUUCGAUCCCAUAAUACUUUGAAAGAUGAAGUUGACAGCUUCUUGCACUCCCUGCUGGAGGUCAAUGUGCGAAAUUCCCCAGUGAUGCCUUCCAAAUACAUACGUGUUCCUAGAAAACACCCUGACAAACUGGGCUUUGAUGAGGUGUUCAUGAUAAACCUGCAGAGGCGGACUGACCGCCGAGAACGUAUGCUGAGGGCAUUGUACGAGCAGGAGAUUGCUUGUAAGGUCAUUCCAGCCGUAGAUGGAAAAGCGAUGAAUAUCAGUGAAAUUAAUGCUAUGGGCAUCCAUAUGCUCCCUGGAUACAGUGACCCCUAUCAUGGUCGCCCACUGACAAAAGGAGAGCUGGGAUGUUUCCUUUCCCACCAUAAAAUCUGGAAAGAGAUCGUUGAGCGACGCUUGCACACCUCUCUGGUGAUCGAAGACGACCUGCGCUUCGAGGUCUUCUUCAAACGUCGCUUGAUGAACUUGAUGAGUGAGGUGGAGGAUGAAGGACUGGACUGGGAUCUCAUUUAUAUCGGUCGGAAGAGAAUGCAAGUGGAUCACCCGGAGAAAGCAGUGCCUAAUAUACACAACUUAGUGGAAGCAGACUAUUCAUAUUGGACAUUAGGUUAUAUGAUAUCAUUACAAGGUGCUGAGAAGCUUUUGAAAGCAGAACCACUAAAGAGGAUUUUACCAGUGGAUGAGUUUCUUCCUAUCAUGUACAAUAAACACCCUGUGUCUGAUUAUAUGGAUCAGUUUGAAACCAGGGACCUGAAUGCAUUUUCUGCAGAGCCUCUUCUAGUGUAUCCAACACACUACACAGGCGACGAAGGCUACAUCAGCGACACUGAGACCUCCACAGUGUGGGACAAUGACAAGGUCCGUACAGACUGGGACAGAGCGCGCUCAGGAAAAACCCGGGAGCAGGCUGAGAUCAGCACUGAGGCCCAGAACUCAGAUGUGCUCCAGUCUCCUUUGGACAGUACGGCACGGGACGAGCUAUGAGAAGAACUGCAUGAGAGCCUUGGAAAAAUUCAGAGGUGCAUAGAGCAAGCCACCUUAGUUUUUUUUAAAUCAUGUUUCAUCUUUGGUACUUUGGAUUUUGCAUCACAGCAGGGAUGUGACAUCAGAGUUUGUAGAAAGAUUUAAUUUAUCCAGAUGUAAGAAGUUCAAAAGGGAUCAGGUCAUGUUUUCCAUCAGGUUGUCCGUUUGUAGUUUUUACUUUAUAAAGGCACUAGACUUGCCAUUUGGAAUGGCAUUUGCAGUACCCAGCUUCUGUCUGUCAUACAGAAAUGAACCUAUAUAUUAGCAAAUAAUGCAAUUGGACUGUUACAUUUCAGUCACUGGGCAAUUAAAUUUGUCCUAAUUUGACAUUACACUGUGAAUGCUACAGAUUAAUUAGGCAUUAGCCAAACUGUGUGUCACUGAGAAAAAUCAUGAUUUAUUGGAAGCAUUCAUGUAUUCAGUCAACCAGUAUCAUUCUAAAUCCAUUGGUCUCUGCUGUCAAAAGUCCAAGAGGAGAAAUAUCUGCAUGUCUUUUAUUUUCAUCUUUAGUAUUUUCUCUUUACAAAUUUCAUAUUGCUGUGUUUUUAAUAAACAUUAGCCAACACUUUAAAUGCUUGCAGCAUAUCUUAAUAACACAACAGAAACACAAGCACACGGAAGCUUUAGAUUCAAGGAACUGCUGUGAAUGCCUGAAUGUCGUUUUUGCUGUGGCCCUUGUCGCCACUUUUGACUGAGUUGUUCCCAGACUAUUGUCGCCAACCAGCUGUUGACAUGGUUAUAAGCGGGACAAACCCCUGCACUCACCUCAAACUUGAUGGUUUGGGAGGGACACGGUUAAAUAUGCCCUUUAUGUUCCCUCAGAAAGAACCCACCCAACCACAUCCAAGCACACGUCAGUUUCUACACCUCGCAAUCUUCGACAGUUAAGUCUGAGUUAUAGUAUUUUUUGUAAACACUUGAUGAAAAAAACCCUACAAAAGAGAACAUGUAAAGUUUGCAUCGUCUUGCUUUUACAUAUUUAUUCUGUCAUGGUUUCUGCAUUACAUGGCCACACUAGAUCUCCAAAGAAGCUGAUUUCUGUAAGGUACUGUUGGGAGAUGUUCAGCCACUGAUUUUGCACAGAAAUGUUAGUAGUGCAUUGUGCCAACAAAAAAUAAAAUGUUUUAUUUUUAAAAAAAAAAAAAGUUGA